UUUAAAGGUCCGCGCAGCCACCCCCGGGGCCUGGUUCUCGGGCUGGGGUCUGUGGAGCUUUGCUGUGAUGGCCAGGCACGUGCUGCUUUACACCGGCGCCAAGAUGCCCAUCGUGGGCCUGGGCACCUGGAAGUCCCCUCCGGGCAAAGUGACGGAGGCUGUGAAGGUAGCACUUGACCUUGGGUACCGCCACAUCGACUGUGCCCACGUGUACCAGAACGAGAAUGAGGUGGGGGUGGCCCUCCAGGAGAAGCUCAAGGAGCAGGUGGUGAAGCGUGAAGACCUCUUCAUCGUCAGCAAGCUGUGGUGCACGUACCAUGAGAAGAGCCAGGUGAAAGGAGCCUGCCAGAAGACGCUCAAAGACCUGAAACUGGACUACCUGGACCUCUACCUUAUUCACUGGCCAACAGGCUUCAAGCCCGGGAAGGAAUUUUUUCCAUUGGAUGGGGAAGGCAACGUGAUUCCCAGUGACACCAACUUUGUGGACACGUGGGAGGCCAUGGAAGAGCUGGUGGAUGGAGGGCUGGUGAAAGCUAUUGGACUCUCCAACUUCAACCAUCUCCAGAUCGAGAAGAUCUUAAACAAACCUGGCUUAAAACAUAAGCCAGCAGUUAACCAGAUCGAGUGCCACCCGUACCUCACUCAGGAGAAGUUAAUCCAGUACUGCCAAUCCAAAGGCAUCACUGUGACUGCCUACAGUCCCCUCGGCUCUCCCGACAGGCCCUGGGCCAAGCCCGAGGACCCUUCCCUGCUGGAGGAUCCCAGGAUCAAAGCGAUUGCAGAGAAGCACAAUAAAACAACAGCCCAGGUUCUGAUCCGGUUCCCCAUACAGAGGAAUGUGGUCGUGAUCCCCAAGUCGGUGACACCUGAACGCAUUGCUGAGAACUUGCAGGUCUUUGACUUUGAACUGAGCAGCGUGGAUAUGACCACCUUACUCAGCUACAACAGGAAUUGGAGGGUCUGUGCCUUGGUGAGCUGUGCCUCCCACAAGGAUUAUCCCUUCAAUGAAGAGUUUUGAAGCUGCUCCUCCCCAAGUGACCUGCUGGUGUGUUUCCCGCCCCACUUGCCCCACGUGUAGUAUGGUGUAGCCUAUGUCCCUAGAGCAGGGGGUCAUUGGCCUGCAGACCAACCAGCGAGGGCUUGGCCAGCUUGGAGUUUGGUCCAAAGAGCAGGAUCAGUAGAUUAGAAGUCUCCUCCAGUUUUCUUUGCCCUUCUA